GUUUCCGCUGUUUCCGGUCCUUUUCGCGUCCGUGCUCGAGGCGUUCAAUCGUUGUAGUCCGCCUGGGCGCUCAUCUGAGUCGUAAUGCCGGCAAAAAUAGUGCUUGAAACCAACGACGCUGAGAUGGAUGACAGCGAGGAAACCACCGUAAAGGAGAAAAAAGCACUUAAGAAACUAAAAAAAGAGAAGGUCAAGGAUAAGAGAAAGAAGAAGCCAGCUGAUGAAGAGACCGAUGAGCAUGAACCACCGAGCCCAAAGAAGAAAAAGACGGAACACGGAGCCAAUGGCAAGUUGCCGAAGAAGAAGAAGAAAUCGAGUAGUACCAGUGAAACACCUUUAAUGAAAACACCAUCACAUUCAUCAGAAUCUGAGUGCAAUAGCUCAGGCCCUGAAGAAAGAACAAAGAAACAACGUAAGAAGGCAGCAGUCAAUGGAGACACAGUGCAGACUCCCAGUAAGCUCAACGGCUGUUCUACAGAGUCGUCCUCUCUUCAUUCAAGCAACGACAGCGAAAGCGACAAAGAAGUUGAAGAGACGCCAGAGCAGAAAGAGGGUGCCUUCUCUAAUUUUCGAAUUUCGAAGGAGACCAUCAGAUUACUUCAAGCCCGAGGUGUGACAUACCUGUUUGACAUCCAAGCCAAGACAUUCAACUCUGUGUUUGAUGGGAAGGAUGUGGUGGCCCAAGCGAGGACCGGCACUGGAAAGACUUUCUCUUUUGCCAUCCCCCUCAUUGAGAGGCUGACAGCCACUGUGGACAGGAAAAGAGGGCGACCUCCAAAGGUCCUUGUUCUUACUCCUACUAGAGAACUUGCUAUUCAGGUUGCCAAGGAUUUCAAAGAUAUCACAAAAAGAUUGUCUGUUGCCUGUUUCUAUGGUGGCAGCCCCUACAAUCCCCAAAUGGACAGCAUUCGCAAUGGCAUCGAUAUUCUAGUAGGUACCCCAGGCCGAAUUAAAGACUUGUAUCAGAACAGCAAACUGAAUCUCUCUGAGCUGAAGCACGUGGUUCUGGAUGAAGUGGACCAGAUGCUGGACAUGGGCUUCGCGGAACAAGUGGAGGAGAUCUUGGCAGCUUCCUACAAAAAAGGCUCAGAAAGCAACCCCCAGACGCUGCUCUUCUCUGCCACGUGCCCCCACUGGGUGUACGAUGUGGCCAAGAAGUACAUGCGGCCGCAAUGCGAGCACGUCGACCUCAUCGGAAAGAAGACACAGAAGACUGCCACUACCGUGGAACACCUGGCCAUUUCAUGUCACUGGUCCCAGAGGGCAGCGGUCAUCGGAGAUGUGAUCCAGGUCUAUAGCGGUAGCCACGGACGCACCAUCGUCUUUUGCGAAACCAAGAAAGAGGCCACUGAGCUGUCACUCAACACCUCCAUAAAGCAGAACACCCAGUCUUUGCAUGGAGACAUUCCUCAGAAGCAGAGGGAGAUCACGCUCAAAGGCUUCAGGAAUGGGGCCUUUGAGGUACUGGUGGCUACCAAUGUGGCAGCCCGUGGCUUGGACAUUCCAGAGGUUGAUCUGGUCAUACAGUGUUCACCCCCAAAGGAUGUGGAAUCCUACAUCCAUCGAUCAGGUCGAACAGGCAGGGCUGGCCGGACAGGUGUAUGCAUCUGCUUCUACCAGCGCAAAGAAGAACAGCAACUCCGAUAUGUGGAGAACAAAGCUGGCAUUAAAUUUAAGCGAGUUGGAGUACCAACUGCCAACGAUAUCAUCAAGUCCUCCAGUAAAGAUGCAGUACGAUACCUGGAUGGUAUACCAUCUACAGUGAUUGAGUACUUCCGCUCGGCGGCGGAAAAGCUGAUUGAGGAACGGGGGGCCGUUCCAGCCCUGGCAGCUGCCCUCGCCCAUAUUUCUGGGGCCACCACCCUUGAGGAGCGCUCUCUCCUUAACUCUGAUGUGGGAUACAAGACCAUUGUGCUGAAAUGUUCUCAAGAAAUGCACAGCAUCGGCUAUGCAUGGAGGGCCCUGAAGGAGCAACUGGGAGAGGAGAUUGAUGAUCAGAUUCAGAGGAUGACGUUCCUUAAGGGGAAGACUGGUGUCUGCUUUGAUGUUGCGGCAGCUAAAGCGAAAGACAUUGAGGAGGUCUGGCAGAACGGUCGACGCUGGCAGCUGUCGAUACCCACAGAGCUCCCGGAGCUGGAAGAAAGCAAUUGGAAGGGUGGGGACCGGCCAGCUGGUGGGAACAGCCGUUCCUUCCGUGGCGACAGACGCGGAGCCGGACGCAGAGGUCAGGGCCGUAGCUUUGGAAACAAUAAUCGAAGAGGAGGCGGUGUGAAACGGAGCCACAGCAGGGCUUUCGAUUACUAAAGGGCUGUGACCUUGCCUGGUGCUCUGGACCACCCCCACAUUCCCAUCACCACUUUUCCAGCAGUGGUUGAGAGAACUCUCUAUUUACCCCCCUGGUGGAAACGCUCAAGGGGGGCUCUAAUGCCUUGAUAACCAGUUUGCUACAAGUCAAUGACUUUGCAUUCAUGUAUUUAAUAUAACUAGAAAAUAUCCAUUCAUGUGAAUGAGAUGUAUUCAUUAAAGGUGUUCUUUAAAAAGC